AGAUUUCUGGUUAUUGAACAGAUGUUGAUGUAAAGACAAGAAUAUAAAAUGUAUUUCUUCCUUCCCGUCCUAGUUUACACAGCCAUAGCAGGAUCCUACGGUAAAUCAUCUUUCCUGAAGGUUGGAUUGAUUGAGGAGCAUUUAGACGAAACAAACCUUUCAGAGACUUUAAUGCCGGGUGGAGAAUCAAGAAGCAGACGGUGUACGGGAAAACUUUGCUCAACAAACUCCGAAGCUGUCCAAAGUUUCUUCUCGCCAGCAGUUAAAAUAUCUCCAACAAGGUUUAGGUCAAUAGAGGACUUCAGAUCCAGUCGAACAUCGUCUUCCACUAAAGAUGGAAUAUCGUCUUCCACUACUAACCGAAAAUCGUCUUCCACCAAAGAUCGAAUAUCCUCUUUCACUAAAGACCGAAAAUUGUCUUCCGCUAAAGAUGAUAAAUCUGGAAAAUCUCUGACUAAUCCACAGGGAAUAAAUGAAGAAGAAGAAAAUAGAUCAUUUGUCACAGUUCACAAUAAGUUCAUAGCAUCUAGACAACCAAGGAUCCCCUUGCUAAAUGGCUGCUACACUCAUACUGUCAAUAUACUUGAUCAAUGCUGGAUUGUUUGUGAUAAAACAAUCCUGGCCGCCUGCUCUACAAAAAUCAGAUUUUAACACUAAAUAGUGGUAAUAAUGAUGUAUAAUUUAUCAGUUCAACAAAAAAAAACAGAUUAUAACACGUAUAACACUGUGUUAAUAAUGAUGUAUAAAUUGUCAGUUUAAUAAAAAUCAGAUUAUAACAAGUAUAACACUGUGUUAAUAGUGAUGCAUAAAUUGUCAGUUCAAUAAAAACCAGAUCAUAACACAUAUAACACAGUGUUAAUAAUGAUGUAUAAAUUGUCAGUUUAAUAAAAAUCAGAUUAUAACAAGUAUAACACUGUGUUAAUAAUGAUGUAUAAAUUGUCAGUUCAAUAAAAAUCAGAUUAUAACACGUAUAACACUGUGUUAAUAAAGAUGAAUAAAUUGUCAGUUCAAUAAAAAUCAGAUUAUAACACGUAUAACACUGUGUUAAUAAAGAUGUAUAAAUUAUCAGUUCAACAAAAAUCAGAUUAUAACACGUAUAACACUGUGUUAAUACUGAGGUAUAAAUUGUCAGUUCAAUAAAAUCAGAUCAUAACACUGUGUUAAUACUGAAGUAUAAAUUGUCAGUUCAAUAAAAUCAGAUUAUAACAUAAUAAUGCUGUGAUAAAAUAAAGAUGUGUUUUUACAUUUUUAUUUUUAAAUUAAAAUUUUUUACAAUAUUUUUAAAAUAGUUAUAUAAUAUCAGAUGUAUAUAUUUAGACUAUUCUAUUUUUCAUGUUCUUCAUUUCCCUCUUGUUCUUACAUCUUUCAAU